AUAAGUUUUUAAAAUCAAACUUAUAGUUCAUAGUAUGUGAAAAUCAAAGGAUGCCAGCUUUCCAACGGUACUAUUUGCACUCGCAACGUGGGAAGUCCUCAUUUCAAACAUUUGCUUAUAAUAAAUGGCACGGAAGCAACUACUCACAUUCCGGUUAUUCAAAGAGAUCGCUUCCAAGAACCACUUACGGAAUUUGUAAAUUAAUUUGGAGAACUCUACGGCAAGGAGAGUGAUAAUGAUUAUCUGAGUGCCGUUUCUAAAUUUUCACUGCAAAUGAACGUGCAAACCCACAGACCCAUUCUGUAGUUUAAGAAAAUCUCACGUCAACAAAACCACUGGAAAACAGCCGUAAACAAAGAUAUGCUUUUAUUUAAUGAAUAAUUCGAUUCCAUUCGAUUCUAUUUCGUUAUGAAAAGUGAAUUGACAGGAGUGUCGAAACCACCAGCGGAAAGUAAAUGAUGAAUCAUUUGCCGUCUACAUCUUCACCGCAAAUGCACAAAUGCAGGUCCGCUUUACAUAACGGACACAUUUGCCAUUACCAUCCAAUUUAAUUGGAGGGCUUCAAAGGCCGCAAGUUCUGAGACACCAUCUGUGAUUUAGCUAAAAACUUAGUCAACACAAGUUUUCAUUGAACUUUCCAACUAAAUUCAAUAUGAGCGUGUAGAUAUGGAGCGAGUUAUACUGAUAGCAACUUGCAAUUGGUAAAUUGACCCCCUUAUCUCUUUUGGGUCGAGUAUAGUAUAAUGCCGGAUGAGCAAUUUUAAGCAAAGUAUAAUCCUUCGUAGAAUGUGUUAAAAUCAAUAGAGAUGAGCCAAAAAGCGAGCACCGUGAAGUUAAAGUGGAAUCUUCAUCUGAUUUUUAAUAGAAUUUUUUUUUUUUUUUGCGUUGCCAAGCAUUUGGACAGGCCCACCUGAGAGAGGCCAGCAAUACGCACACACACGGAUGCAUUAAAAGAGCCAUAUUUACGCAAAUACAACUACGGCAGUAACGAAGAAUUUCUGGGUGUUAUUUUAUCAUUUUUCCCACAUGCAAAAACCCGAUUGCAGAAGAGGCAAAAUUACGAAAAAAACCAAAGUUCCCUGCUUACCGCUACAAAAUUAUCUACAUGCAGAUGAGACGAAUUUUUCCACUUGUAUACGAAUAUGGCAUGGAUAUGGAAUUUUGAUGAAAUGAUUGGGAUGCUUAGAAUACAAAAUAAAGCAACAGCGCCCUCUGGGCCUAUCUCAAACUCUUACGCCUUACCAAGAAAUAUGAACGUGAGAAUCUCACCAUUGCGGACAUCUUCCAGAUGCAGGUCAAACAGAAUCCAAAUAAGAAUGCAAUCAUCAGCGACACACAGAAGUGGACUUUCCGCCAGUUGGAUGAGUUUUCCAACCGUGUAGCGAAUCUAUUUCAUGCACAAGGCUUCCGUAAAGGCGAUGUUGUCGGCUUAUUGUUAGAGAAUCGUGCCGAAUUCGUUGGUAUUUGGUUGGGUCUGUCGAAAAUUGGCGUAAUCACACCACUAAUCAAUACCAACCAACGUGGUCCAUCACUCUUGCAUAGCAUCAACGUAGCGCAUUGCAAGUCAUUGAUUUUCGGUGAAGGUUUUACCGCCGCCAUGGAGGAAGUAUUCAAAGAUAUGCCAUCCCAUGUGACACUCUAUCAAUUUAACGAUGAAGCCAAUAAGAAAGUGAUCGAAUCCGCGAAGGAUAUGACUACUUUGCUGGAGACAGCUGAAAAGCGCAAGGUAGCUGCAACGGCGGAGCGUGCCAACCAUCAUGACCGUCUCGUCUACAUUUACACGUCGGGUACGACAGGUUUGCCCAAGGCGGCAGUGAUCUCACACGCGCGCUACCUCUUCAUUGCGGCUGGCAUUAACUACACAAUGGGCUUCCGUCAAGAGGACGUAUUUUAUACACCUCUGCCACUCUACCAUACAGCCGGUGGUAUCAUGAGCAUGGGUCAGUCGCUUUUGUUUGGCUCCACCGUUGCUAUACGCAAGAAGUUCUCGGCCUCAGGAUAUUUUGCUGACUGUGUCAAAUUCGAAGCCACUGUCGGUCAGUACAUCGGUGAGAUGGCGCGCUAUAUACUUGCUACUCCACCAUCGCCGAACGAUCGUGCACAUCAGGUGCGUCUCAUUUUCGGCAACGGUUUGCGUCCACAAAUUUGGCCUCAAUUCGUCGAACGUUUCAAUAUUCCCAAGGUGGGUGAAUUCUAUGGCGCUACUGAAGGCAAUGCAAAUAUUAUGAAUAACGACAGCACUGUUGGUGCGAUUGGCUUUGUCUCACGUAUCCUACCACAAGUAUAUCCUAUAUCGAUCUUACGCGCCGAUUCCGAUACUGGUGAACCCAUACGCGGUCCCGACGGGCUGUGCCAACUGUGUAAACCUAACGAACCUGGCGUUUUUAUCGGCAAAAUUGUUAAGGGCAAUUCGGCACGCGAAUUCCUCGGCUAUGUAGACGAAAAAGCAUCGGCGAAGAAAAUAGUUUGUGAUGUUUUCCGCAAAGGUGACAUGGCUUUCCUCUCAGGCGAUCUAUUGGUUGCCGAUGAGCGUGGUUACUUGUUCUUUAAGGAUCGCACGGGUGAUACAUUCCGUUGGAAGGGAGAGAAUGUGUCGACCAGCGAGGUGGAGGCUCAGGUUAGCAAUGUCGCAGGCUAUAAGGAUACUGUUGUCUAUGGUGUGUCCAUACCACACACAGAAGGGCGUGCCGGCAUGGCUGCUAUUUACGAUCCCAAUCAUGAUGUGGAUUUGGAAUUAUUCGCUGACAAGUUGGCGAAGGUAUUGCCUGCCUAUGCGCGACCUCAAUUUCUGCGCUUCCUAACCAAAAUCGAUAUGACCGGUACGUUUAAGUUGCGCAAAGUCGAUUUGCAGAAGGAAGGCUUCGAUCCAAACAAGAUAAAGGAUACGAUUUACUAUCAAACGCCUAAAGGACGCUAUGAAGUGCUCACACCUGAGAUAUUUGAAAAAAUCAACCGUCAUGAAGUUCGAUUUUAAGCAGCCAAUGGACUGAAAACUGGGUGUGGAAGCACCGUUUUGCGUCGCCUAUGUCAUGAGGUUAUGUUUGCCUGUUUUUUAGGAUCUAAGUAUUUUUCUAUAAAAACAAAACUUGUUACAUUAGUUUAGUACACGCUUUGUUUAGGCGAAGCUUGCCAACUAAAGAAGAUAUGAUACAAUAAUAUAUUUGAAAUAUAUUUUUGUAUGUACAUAUGUAGAAAUUGUUAUCUUGCGCUUAGUUUAAGUUGGUAGAAUUAUAUCGUUUUAGUGUAACUUCUGUAAAUAAAAUUUUUUGGUCAAGUUUCGAAAAUUUUAAUAAUUCUUUGUAUAAGAAAUAAAAAAAAAGAAAUUAUAUUCAUAUAUAUAACUUAAGUUGACUGAGGCUUAAGUAUUUCGAUUUAGCUGAAUUCAUUUAAAAUAUAAGGCGGUUGAGGUUUACGUACCUAAUACUGUUAAAGACUAUUCAUACCUAUUUUUAUGCACAAAUACGAUUGGAAAAAUAAAAUGAUGUGAAGUUUAA